GUUCACAAAAGCUCAUGAUUUAAUACACGGAAGUACAGAUUUCUAUGCGUUUGUUUUAAUACUUUUCCGCCUUCCAAUUAGUGUCGGAUGGUACGUACGUAUUUUGCGUCUCUUAUAUCAGUUCUGAAAGAAUUCACCUUGCCAGAAAACUUAUAUAUUGAUCUUAAAUCGCAAAUAUUGCAGUCAAGUGACAACUGCUAAGCCUUUUACUGUGGAAGGAACAUAUCACAUAUCACACAGGAACAUAUCUACAAUAAAGUCAAUAUGAUGAACAAUAUCGACGAGACACUUCAUGAUGUAAAUCCAUGUAAACUCAAAACUAGCAAGAAGUAUAAAGCAAAAAUAUCAAAGAAAAUAAUAGCUGAUGUCUGUGCUAUGCUCAAUAGCAAUGGAGGAAAGGUCACCAUCAGGUUGUCCUGCGAUCAUGAGGGCAACUCACCUGUAUGUUUAUCAUCGUCCGUCAGUCGAAUGCUGGAACAGUUUAUGAUAUCAAUAAUUGGACAAUACCUGACUUACUCGAGAAUAAGUAUUGAAAAGAACAAAGAAAGCCUGGUCAUUCUCGUUAAGAAAGCUGGUUAUUUAGUAACAACCAACUAUAAUCUUUAUUUACCAACUGAAAAACAAGUCCUUCUGUUAGAUCCCCGCGAAUCACUAGAAAAUGUCAAGAAAGUCAUGAACAGAAAAGACGUUCCAGAAUCUGUCAAACCUUGCUCGCAUCAAAAAACGUUUUAUAAAGAUAAAAAUUGUGAUUUGGAUGAAAGCAAAAUGUGUCAAUUUAAGCAACUUAAAGCAGAUGAAUCCAAAUGCACGACGUUAGCAGAUCGUAUGACUGGUAAAAGCAAUAAACUCAGCUGUUAUGUUUCGGCAUAUGCCAACCACCAGGGAGGUCACAUCUACUAUGGUAUCAGAGAUAAUGGAUAUGUUGAGGGAGAGGUUAUUUCAAAUGACGAGGACAAACAAGAUAUCAUAAAGAAAGUUGAAAAAUCCAUUAACAAUAUGAUCUGGCCUGAGCAAUAUGGUCAACCAAAACGAGGAGAACACUGGGAUAUAUUCUUCGAAUCAGUGUUAGAUGAAAACUCCAAAAUAAUCCCUUCCACCUUUGUGAUCGUUAUUUACAUUGCUCCCUGUUUGGGUGGUGUGUUUACGGAGGAACCAGAAUGUUAUGAAAUGGUGAAGGGAAAUGCUGAAAAAAUGUCUUUUCUUUCUUGGAAAAAACGAAUUUCGAAACCAGUUGGGAUACAAUUUUAUGCCAAAAAUCCCCAUUCAGCUUCCGGCAUCACAUGGAGCUCAGUGAAGGCUCGCAAAGCAUUUACUGAGACUCAUAAGGUACUAAUGCCUUUAAUUAACAACGGAGAUUGGGAAGCUAUUUUAGGAAAGAGUUCAAGUCUUCAGGGAAAAUCCGGGUUAUACAGUAUAAAAUUAUCAAUUCUUUCAAAAAGAAUUACUGCGUGUAUCCGCAAAGGACGUUUGUAUAGAGCUGGAAAACUACUGCAAAAAUACAAAGAAAUUUUAUCUAAAAGAAAUGAAGAUUCGUUCAUAUUCGAAGUGAUCGGAUUGUAUUUAGAAGCAGCACUAAAACGUGCUCGUGGAGAUAAGACUGGUGGGCUCAGAAAAAUAUUAGAUGAUGCUUUGUCAAAGACUGAACUUAUUGAACCAGGCGUAGUAACAGCUACUGUAUACGUUUUUGUCGCUGGAACAGUUCUAAAUGACCCGAAGAAUUUAGACUAUUCACUUGCAGAUGUUCUUUCUGCAAGAGCUUUGGAACAUUUACAGCAUGUGUCGGAUUCUCCUGAGAUGGUGAGUAAUCUAAGGAAGAAGGCAUGUUUCAUUCUGGCGGCAUCUCAUCUUGGGUGUAGUAUUAAUGGACAGCGCAUUGAAAAGAAUGUUGACCGUUCAUGUUUAGAUAAAACGAGGAGCAUUAUCAUGAGUGUGCAUGAAACCAUUCUUGAAGGAAACCCACUCAGCAAAUAUCAUAAAAUUCAAUUUAAUUUGGUCCAGUCGAUUUAUCAUUAUCGACAUUCACAAGUCAAUCCAGAAAAAAGAACUCGUCUUUUGACGAUUGCUUUUAACUGCGCCAAAAAAGCUGAAUGUCUUGCAAAAGAAAACAAUUUUCCAGAAAUGGUUGAUUGGAGUAGGGCCAACAAAGCAUUGUUUACAGAAGAACUAGUGCGUACGAAACUCUUGUUUGUCAAAAGAGGCACUCAAAAAGGGAAGGAUUCUCUCUGAUUUCAACUAUUGCCGGGCUUUUGAUUGCUCUAGUAAACCUGCAGGUAAAAUGACACGUUAGUUAAUAACUCAGCUGUUAUGUUUCAGCAUUUUCCAACCACCAGGGAGGUCACAUCUACUAUGGUAUCAGAGAUGAUAGAAUUGUUGAGGGGGAGGUUACUUGAAAUGACGAGGACAAACGAGAUAUCAUAAAGAAAGUUGAAAAAACAAUCAACCAGAUGAUCUGGCCUGAGCAUAUUGUUCAACCGACACAAGGGGAACAUUGGGAUAUAUUCUUCGAAUCUGUAUUAGAUGAGAACUCUAAAAUAAUUUCUUCCACCUUUGUGAUCGUCAUUUACAUCGCUUCCUUCCUUGCUGGUGUUUUCACGGAAGAACCAGAAUGUUAUGAAAUAUUCGAGCGAAAGGUCGAUAAGAUGUCGUUUGUAACUUGGGAAAGAAAAACAACGCAAGUAGUUUUUUUUAAAAACUGCGAGAGAGUCGCAUUCAGGUCGCAUUACUUGGAGCUCGCAACAGGCUAAAAAGGUCGCACAUUUUCGUGGCAAUUGUCUAAAAAAUGGCCUGCCAUUUUUAAAAACACAUCGAUAAUCAUCAAUUCGAGGACGAGAUCAGAAUCAGAAAUUUUGUAAAGUAGACCAGUAAAAAUAUAUGACGGUAUGAGGCAACAAAAACGUUUAAAACUAUUCUGUGAUUCAGCAAUUCUUAC